AUGGAUGCAGCGCUGCAAGUGGCUGAUGUGGCCAAAGGCUACCUGCAGACAGCUUGGAAUGCAGCUGCAGCCUAUCACGACCGACUAGAACCAGUUGGAGCAAAGGUUGCAGCUGCUCAGGUGCAACUUCAUGAUUAUGUGGUGAGACUGUCCUCUGUACCACAAGUGCAGGGAGCAUUGGAAUACAUCUCUGAGGUGGGAUUGGUUCAGGAUGUUGCGCAUGCAGCAUUGGGGCAACGGAAGCUGCCACCAGAGUCUUUGCUGUGGGUUUUGCUUAUGGUGAUGGGCUUUGUCCUCCUCACACUGUUGGUUGUGCCGAAGGCAAAACUGGGUGUGUAUUCGUUCUUCUACUUCUUUCUGGCGAGUGAUAAAAAGCCAUGCAAGCCAACUGACAUGAAGCUAGACAAGAACUCGCCGAAGUGCAAGCGAAUGAAGAUUGUAUUUAUUCGUCAUGGUGAAUCUCAGUGGAACUCAGUCUUCAACAAGGGAUGGAAGAUUUUCUUGCCAUUCCGCCUAGUGCGGGCAUUGAUAAAGGAGGCGUUGAUGACUUUUCAGCGUGACUCCAUUUUCUAUGACUCGCCACUCAACGACGUGGGCAUGAAGCAAGGUUGGGACCUGCUUGCCUUCCUAGCUUCGCAGCCCGCAGGUUGCAGGGAGCCUGGCACUUGCCACAAAGCGGUAGAGCAGCUCCAGCCAGAAGACAUUGUGUCCAUCAUCUUGGGCGAUGCCGGGGAAAGCCUAGUCGCAUCUUCCAUCCUUCGACGCGCAGUGUCCACGGCGCUGAUUGCGCUUAGCCCGCGCUUGCUGAAGUCGACGUUUGCUAAAGAUCGCGUGCAUUUGAUGACAUCUCUUCAGGACCGUCGGAACGUUGACACCCUGGCCAUUUCGCGGGCACGGUCGCUGCCGAAAUGCCCCCCGGACGAGGCGAAGAUGAAAAAUAUGGGUGACUUGAUGUCGCAUUGGUAUAAAACCCGGCUGGACCACCGACAACACCUCGGUAACAAGACGCUAGGCAUGAAGGCAGACAAGCGUCAAAAACAAUUCGUGAAGUGGGUCUUUGACCAGAAGGACAUCGAUUGCAUCGUAGUGGCUGGGCAUUCGCUUUGGUUCAGGGAGUUCUUCAAAAGCUUCAUGCCCAAAUCUUCCACCCAUGUCGCCAAGACAACGAAGAUGGUCAACUGCGGUGUGGUUGCGUUCGAUUUAUAUAGAAGUGAACAGCACGGGACGGAGAUCAUUCGAAUCCCACCCGAGGGCAUCAAGGAAAUCUAUGGUGGCUUUGAGGUGAAAAAGAAGAAGAAGGCCUGA